AUGGCCAAAUUUGACUCGGCUACAGUUGUUCAACGAAAAUUAAGGGCCGAGUUUGGAAUAAAUACACCAGUGGAAGAUCGAGAACGGUCUGGGCGACCUUCAAGCAUUUCAGAAAAAACCAUCGACAAAGUUAGUGAUACUCUGAAAGAUAAACCACAAUCCAGUGUUCGAUCUGUUGCAACAGACUGUUCUAUUCCACCAACAGCAACACAUCGAAUCAUGACUGAAUAUCUAGCAUUAAAGCCUUAUAAGGUGCAGUUUGUACAACAACUUUAUGAAGAAGAUUUACAAGAUAGGGUUGAAAUGUGUAAAACUUUAAUACCGAUGUUAGAAGAUAGUCAUAUGCAAGAAAAUUUAUCCUUUCCGGAUGAAGCAACAUUUUAUGUGAGUGAACUAGUUAGCAAACACAACAUCAGAUAUUAG